AUGAACUCUUCUGCUGGCUCUGCAUAUGAAAACUUCAACCUCAGCCUGCCUCAGAAUGUUACUCCAAAGGACAGCUUUAGCAGCGCACUUACAAAAAACAUAGUGGCCAUGCUAGUGUGGCUGGCCCUUAGCAUCCUCAAUGGUACCAUGACAUCCACUUUCUUUAAACACAACUUUUUCUACGAGGACCCGCGCUACAUAAUGUUUAUUUACAUGGUCAUUAAUGAUGCAGUCCAGCUGACGCUUGUAACAGCAUCCUUUCUCCAGGUGAGUUAUGCUUUCUCCAAGAUCCUGGUGUCUGCCUGUUGCCCACUCAUCAUGACAGCUGUUCUGACGACACGCUCUACUCCCCUCAUCCUUGGCGGGAUGGCCAUCGAGCGCUACAUUUCCAUUUGCUUUCCCCUCCAUUACGGCCACAUGUGCACAGUGCAGCGCACCAUCUGGAUCAUAGGGGUUAUCCUUGUUCUAAGUAUCAUACCCCCCCUCACAGACCUCUUUAUAACUCUUGCCAAGGAGCCUGCAUCCUUUUUUGAAAGCUUUAUCUUCUGUGACCACUCACUUCUCUUCCGUGACCGCUCCAUCUACUACAAGAAUUGUGCUUUUGACAGUGUCUAUUUUUCUUUUGUCUUUUUGGCUUUACUCUAUACAUACUGCAAGAUCAUGUUGACAGCACGAGCAGCCUCCACUGACCUGGUGUCUGUGAAAAAGGCACGGAACACGGUGCUGCUCCAUUGUGUGCAGCUGCUGCUCUGCAUGCUGGCUUUUGUGGUGCCAUCCAUGCAGGCUCCUCUAAUCCAGUUGUUUCCCCAGUAUGGACUGGAAAUACGCUACAUCAACUUUCUGCUGGUGUACAUCAUCCCACGCUUCUUGAGCCCUAUGAUCUAUGGAGUGAGAGAUGAGAAAUUCAGAAAGUAUUGGAUUAGGUACCUUCUGUCUAGGGUCAAUAGGGUGAAACCUACUGAACACUUGCCUCAAAAACCAAGGUGAAUUUCAAGGUGUGUAGGUCACUGAUACUGUAUAUCGAAUGUACUGAAUAUCAUCAUGUACAAAUGAGGUUAGUUCACAAAUAUGAAGUGGUUAUGGAUUACUGGGGACUAAGGAUUAUGUGAAAUAGUAAGAUUAUAGUUGGGUCCAUAAGUAUUUGGACAGUGACACAAUUUUCGUAAUUUUGCCUCUGUACACCACCACAAUGGAUUUGAAAUGAAGCAAUCAAGAUGCGAUCGAAGUGUAGACUUUCAGCUUUAUUUCAAGGGGUUUAACAACGAUAUUGCAUUAACCAUUUAGGAAUUACAGCCAUUUUUUACAUAAUCCCUCCCUCUUCACAGGUUCAAAAGUAAAUGGACAAUUGAAUGAUAGGCAGUUUUAUGGCCAGUUCCUCAUUAUUUCUUGACAAAUUAAGGAGUUAAAAGGUCUGGAGUUGAUUCCAAGUGUUGAAUUUGCAUUUGUUAGCUGUUCAGAACUCUCAAUAUGCGGUCCAAAGAGAUGUCAAUGCAAGUGAAGGAGGCCGUCAUUAGACUGAAAAACCAACCGACCAGCAGAAGCUUAGGAUUGGCCUAAAUUAACAAUUUGGUACAUUCUUAAAAAGAAGAAAUGCACUGAUGAGCUCAGCAACACCAAAAGACCUGGAAGACCAUGGAAGACAACUAAAGUGGAUGAACACAGAAUUUUUUCCUUGGUGACGAAAAACCCUUCACAACGUCUAGCCAGGUCAAGAACACUCUCGAGGUGGUAGGUGUAUCAUUGUCAAAGUCUACAAUCAAGACACGCCUUCAUGAAAGUAAAUACAGAGGGUUUACCUCAAGAUGCAAAACACUGGUAACACUCAAGAACAGAAAGGCCAGAUUAGACUUUGCUAGAAAACAUCUAAAAAAAAGCCUGCCCAGUUCUGGAACAAGAUUCUUUGGAUAGAUGAAACCAAGAUUAACUUGUACUAAAAUGAUGGGAAGAGUAGAGUAUGGAGAAGGAAAGGAAGAGCUCAUGAUCCAAAGCAUACCACAUCAUCUGUCAAACAUGGUGGAGACAUGGGCAUGUAUGGCUGCGAAUGGAACUUGGUCACUGGUGUUUAUUGAUCAUGUGAAUGCUGAUAGAAGUAGCAGGAUUUAUUCUGAAGUGUACAGAGCUAUACUCUCUGCUCAUAUUCGGCCAAAUGCUACAAAACUGAUAGGACGCUGCUUCACAGUACAGAUGGAUAAUGACCCAAAACAUACUGCGAAAGCAACCCAAGAGCUUCCUGCUUCAUAAGGCAAAGAAAUGGAAUGUUUUUAAAUGGCCAAGUCAGUCACCUGACCUCAACCCAAUUGAGCAUGCUUUUUAAUUACUGAAGACAAAACAGAAGGCAGAAAGACCCACAAACAAGCAGCAACUGAAGGAGGAAGGAGGCUGCAGUGAAGGCCUAGCAAAGCAUCUCAAGGGAGGAAACUCAGCAUUUGGUGAUGUCCAUGGUUUCCAGACUUCAGGCAGUCAUUGACUGCAAAGGAUUUGCAUCCAAGUAUUAAAAAUAAUCCUUAUAUUUAUAAGGAUUAAAAAGGUCUAUACUUCAA